UGUUGUUGUCAUUAGUAUUGUUAUUGUUUGCGAAGAAUGGCUGUUAUUUUCAAUGUAUAUAUUAUAAAUGGUAUCUGUUGUGAACUAAAAGUAAUGAAUCAUGUAUAUAUUUGUGGGCCUAGGCCACAGUUUUAAAUUAUUGUGUCUUCUUAUAUCAUUUUAUUGUAUAACGUUGUGGAUCAACUUGUUCUGAAUCUGCCCUAUGAAAUGUCUUUUCUUUUCAAUAUUUGUCCUCCUAUCCAUAUCUAUUCUCUGCCAAGUUAACAUGAAGUACUGGCGUUGGUUUUUUUAAGCUCUAUUUCAGUGUAAGCUAAAUAAAUGUACAUAUCAUACAUUUGGAUGGAAACUAGGUCAGAUAAAAGACAGCUCGGACAGGUGGUCGUAACCUUUUGCCAUACAUACCACGGGAAAUGACCACAACGUUGGAGAUCAUACUUAUUUAGCAUACUUAUCUUUUGUGUAAAUAUACAAUAUGGGAAAAGGUACAGUGCUCACUCUGUGUGUGUGUGUGUGUGUGUGUGUGUGUGUGUGUGUGUGUGUGUGUGUGUGUGUGUGUCAUUUUGUGGUUCCCGCUUUGUAAUAUUACUCUAAUGCAGUUCAAUUUUCAGCUCUUUCCAGACAAAAAUGUGAAUCAACUGUUUAUCGUUCCUGAUGCUAUUGCAGAUACUUGCAGACCUGGGCCCCGUAUCUCGUAAGCUUCGCUAUGUUGCGCACGUGCGCAAGCGUCUCGAUUCCAUUACUUGUCCCAUAUUAUAAACUGUAGCCUCUUUUUGAUAUAUUAUCGCAAUACACGAUGCUUUCGAGAUACGGGGCCCUGGUUUAAUUACACCAUUAUUCAAGUAAAACCUUUCUAGAUAGACAUCACAGUGGUCUACAUCAUCUGUUUACUUUGUAAUAUGCCCCUUUCAAUUUCAUGGCUUUUCCUGAAUUGACAUAUUGUCUGCAUUGUCAACUUAAUCAUGUGUUUGUGUGUCUUAUGCUUAAUAUAAAUAUAAAGUGAAUUACAAGAACACAUCUGGCCUGUAGGGGCCUCACAGUAUUCCAGAUAAUUACAAGUUGUGAAGUCAUCGGGGUGUAAUUUUGAUAUUUAGAUUUAUUACAAACUUUAUCUGCAUUUGCUUUUUUUUUUCUGUAUUUUUGUAUACAGAGACGAGGAAAAUUGUAAGAUUUUUAUUUGUUACAUGUUUUUACUUCUACCCUGGUAGAACAUCAGAAUGUUGUUUCACUAUUUGUUUUUCAUUUUCAAAUCAACUUCAUAUGGUCUUGUCUCUCUUGGUGUUUUUCCUCUUUCUGUACAUGCAACACCUCUCUUCUAAAGCCUGUUCAUUCAAUAUGUAAACGCAACUAUUUUCUGAAGUAACAAAAAACGAUUGCAAGCUUUGUCUCUAUCCCUUUCCAUCACAGAGAAUAAUCUCCACUAAUGUUCUACUAAUCUCCAAUCCCUAGGUCCAUGGGCAUAACAUUGCAGAUUUGGAUCCUCUGGGAAUUCUGGCUGCUGACCUUGAUUUCAGUAUUCCUGAAGGCUUGAUUCUGGAAAAUUAUGGGUUUGGUUCGUGGUCACCUAAACAGCCAGUUAGAUCCUCUAGAAAUAGGUUCUGGCCAUGUAUCUGAGGAGCAGUUGGGUUUGGCUCUUCAACUGUUUGAUAUUGGUGAGAAAGAUCUGGAUAAAGAAUAUAUUCUGCCACCAGUGACUGCUGUAGGUGGCCAAGAGGCAAAGCUUCAAGGUGCAGAAAUUUUAAAUCGAAUGAAGAGUAUCUACUGUGGCACAAUAGGCAUAGAGUACAUGCACAUCAACAAUGUGGAACAAUGUGACUGGCUGAGGGAGAAGUUUGAAACCCCAGGCAUUAAAGAGAGCACCACUGAGGAAAAGAAACUCCUCCUGGCAAGACUUAUACGUGCUGAAGGAUUAGAGGAAUUUUUUGCCAAGAAGUGGCCUUCAGAGAAACGUUUUGGACUGGAAGGCUGUGAAGUGUUGAUCCCUGGUCUUAAGACAAUUAUUGAUGUGUCCAGUGAUUUAGGGGUGGACACCUUCAUCGUAGGAAUGCCUCAUAGGGGUCGAUUAAAUGUCCUGGCCAAUGUGUGCCGCAAACCACUGGCAAAGAUCAUCUGCCAGUUUCACUCCAACAUCAAACCAGCUGAAGAAGGUUCCGGUGAUGUGAAGUAUCACUUGGGGACCUUUGUAGAGAGGGAGAACAGGAUGACCAAUAAGCAGGUCAAGAUUGCCGUUUGCGCCAACCCCUCCCAUUUGGAGGCUGUCGGUCCUGUUGUUCAGGGCAAAACUAGAGCGGAACAGUAUUACAGGGGAGACAAGCAAGGGAAGAAGGUGAUGAGUAUACUGAUGCAUGGAGAUGCUGCAUUUGCUGGCCAGGGGGUGGUCUAUGAGACGUUCCACUUGAGUGACCUUCCCGCCUACACCACCCAUGGCACCAUACAUGUGGUGGUCAACAACCAGAUUGGCUUCACCACUGACCCCCGUAUGUCCCGUUCAUCGCCCUAUUCCACCGAUGUAGCGCGGGUCGUGAAUGCUCCUAUCUUCCACGUGAAUGCAGACUACCCAGAAGAUGUGAACUACGCUUGCAAAAUCGCAGCUGAAUGGAGAGCCACCUUUCAAAAGGAUGUAGUCAUUGAUUUGGUGGGUUAUCGUAGAUACGGUCACAAUGAGAUAGACCAGCCAAUGUUCACUCAGCCUUUGAUGUACAAAAAGAUUAACCAGCAGACCACUGUGAAGGUGAAAUAUGCACAGCAUCUGUUAAAUACUGGAGUUGUGACUGAGGAAGAACUUAAGGCUGAAGAACAGAAGUAUCAGAAGAUUCUUGAAGAAGGCAAUGUUCUGGCCAAGCAAGAAACUGCCAUGCACAACAGAGACUGGCUAGACUCACCAUGGAAGAACUUUUUUGAGCAUAAGGAUCCAAUGCAGAGACCUGAAACUGGCAUUAAUUUGAAAACCCUCCAACAUAUUGCAAAGGUGGUGAACUCGCCACCACCAGAUAAAGAGUUUAAGGUCCAUCCAGGUAUUCUCCGUAUUCUAAAGAGUGGACGUGACAUGGAGAAGGAAAAGAUGGCAGACUGGGCACUGGGAGAGAAACUAGCCCUCGGCUCCCUUCUCAUGGAGGGCUACCAUGUCAGGCUGAGUGGCCAGGAUUCAGAGAGAGGCACAUUCAGCCACCGUCAUAGUGUUAUUCAUGAUCAGGAUCGUGAUAAGAAAUUUUACGUGCCCCUCAACCACCUGAAUGACUCCCAGGCCCACUUCACAGUCUGUAACAGCUCUCUGUCUGAAUACGCUGUGCUAGGUUUUGAAGUAGGUUAUGCUCAGACCAACCCCAACUCCCUGGUCAUUUGGGAGGCCCAAUUUGGCGACUUUGCCAACACCGCCCAGUGCAUCAUAGACCAGUUCAUCAGCAGUGGCCAGGACAAGUGGAUGAGACAGCUGGGAAUCGUGCUUUUCUUGCCUCAUGGCAUGGAAGGAAUGGGUCCUGAACACUCCAGUGCUCGCUUGGAAAGAUUCCUGCAGAUGUGCAACGAUGAUUCAGACUUGUUUCCCAAAAUAGAUGCAGACUUUGUGAUGCAGCAGUUACACGAGAUCAACAUGAUAGUGGUGAACUGCACCACUCCAGCCAACCUCUUCCAUGUGAUCAGGAGGCAGAUCUACUUGCCCUUCAGAAAGCCGUUAAUCAUGAUGUCACCUAAGAGCCUUUUGCGUCAUCCCAUGGCCCGAUCGAAAUUCGAUGAGAUGAUAGAGGGCACCAAGUUUAGGCGCCUGAUCCCAGAAGAGGGUGGCGCCCAGGAAGACCCAACUUCUGUAGAGAAGUUACUGUUCUGCACUGGCAAAGUGUACUAUGAGUUGGUGAAGGAGAGACAGGCCAAUAACCUUGAUGAGAAAGUUGCUAUUGCCAGAAUUGAACAGAUUUCCCCGUUCCCAUUUGACCUGGUCCAAGAAGAAUGUAAUAAAUACUCCAGUGCCAAGAUUUGCUGGGUGCAGGAAGAACACAAGAACCAGGGGGCAUGGUCCUACAUCCAGCCCCGUCUGGACACUGUCCUGAGGAAGACCACACGCAGGGACAAAGGAGCAGUCAGAUACAUUGGGCGACCUUCAGCUGCCUCACCUGCUUGUGGGAACAAGAGAAUGCAUGAAGAUGAGCGAAAUGUUUUCCUCAGAACUGCUUUCGAGCUGAACGAUUAAUUACGAGGGCUGACAUUAAACACUCAAAAGUGCUAUUUAGUGGUGAUAAACUUUUAGCGUCAGAAUCUUUUUAUUUAUACAUAAAGACUGCAUACAAUUAAGAUUCCAGUAAAAAUGGUAAUCUCCAAAGUGUAGCCUGCAAAUCGCACAAUUUUAAGAGAAAAAACAACAACUUGCAUCUCGACUUUAUUUAUUAAACAUAUUUAUAGCUAUUUAUAGUAUACAUUGUGUAAGAAGAUUUGCCCAUUUAGAUGGAGAGGAAUGUUGAACAAAUCUCAAGUUUUCCUUGGUUAGAAAACUGUUUUUAAAUUAUUCCUUAAAUUAAAUAACAGGUAAAUACUGUUAGUCCAAAGAGAUAACUUAUAUCAUGUAGAAGAGUAAUAUAUAUUAGUGUGGUUGCACAGGGUCAGAUUAUUGUUUCAGAGAGCAUGUUGUAUAGCUGGCCCCCUCAGGGUAAUGCCUAUUUGCUAUGCCAUUACUUGUUAUUGUAUAACAAUCAUAGAUUUUAAAACUUCAAAGCCUGAGGCACUGGCUGCCACUUAUGAACAGAUGUGAUCUAGGUGUGUUAUACGCUCAUUGAAAUGGACUUGAAUUCUAUAAGACUUGGCAUUUAGUAAUUGUCAUUAAACCACCAACUGGAGAAAUGAUUGAAUGAUGAUCAAAUGAGGUUUAAAGUUUGUGUCAGUUUGUGUUAAUUUUAUUUGUGGUAAAUUAUUGAAGUGAUCACUGUAGUGAUUUUGACUGAAAUGGCGUGUCUUCAAUUUUAAUAAGCACCAUUAAAGGAAGAUGUAUUUCUGGGUUGUUUAAGAAACCAUUGUCUGUAUUGCAAGUCAACAGAUUAAAGUGAAUAAAACAAAGUUAUACCUGUGUUAA